AUACCCGCGGACGUAGAUGCAGAACCCCGGGACAGCCGCAGGACCAGCCGGCCCGAGAGAAUCGGACCCCAGCCUGGCCCUGCUGACGGAGGCGGUGCUCCACCUGACCCAGCAGGCCAUCCGCGACCCGCCGACCACCGCCCCGACGAGUCGGCUCACAAAGCUAGGACCCGACGACGAUGUCGAGGCCUUCCUAGAAACAUUUGAGCAGGUGGCAACCCGGGAGAGGUGGCCAGAGGCCCAGUGGGCCUAUAUAGUGGCCCCGUUUUUAACCGGACCCGCCCAGCAGGCGAGUCAGGACUUCAACCCCGGGGACGCGGGCCUGUAUACCGCACUCAAGGCGGCCGUCUUGGCCUACUAUGGACAUAGCCUUGCUGCGAAGGCCCUCAAUUUCCACGAGUGGACGUUCGACGUCCGAGGACCCGUACGGACCCAGGUGGCCCACAAAUGUCGGCUAGCCCGGAGGUGGCUGGUAGACGGAGCGGGACCCAGCCCCGUGGAUCGGGUCGUGGUGGACAACACCGUGCGACAGCUGCCCCCCGACGCCCGGAGGGUGCUGGCCCACCAGCACCCUGAGACCGUGGACGACCUCGUGCGCCAGCUGGAGAACUGGCAGGUGGCCCAGCGGCUGGCGGCGGGCCCGAGACCCAACCCCCGGGCUACCCGGAGAGAGACUCCAACACCACCGUCGAGGACCCGGCCGUCCACCCCGCCCCGAGAACGAGGGGAACCCGAGACCCGGCGCUGGUACCACUGCGGACAACGGGGAUACCUGGUCCGGGACUGUCCCGACCGACAGGACGUCCCCAUGCCCUCCGCGUGCACUGCCCCGAGAGACCGCCCCACCUGUAUGCUGGCGACCUGCUGGACACAGGGCGACAAGGACUCCCCCACCGUCCCCAUCAAGGUGAUGCACCAGGACACCCAUGCCCUGCUGGACACGGGGAGUGCCGUGACCCUGGUGAGGGCCGACCUAGCCGGGGGCAGACCGGGAACCCCGAUACAGGUCUCCUGCAUACACGGCGACACCCAGACGUACGAAACCUGCCACGUGGUAGUACGCACACCACAGGGGGUCUUCGUCGCCCGGGCCGGGAUAGUACCGACCCUUCCGGUGCCGUUCCUGAUCGGCCGGGACUGCCCCAUCUUCACCCGCUUUUGGAGCCCCAUGAGGGGGAACCGAGGGGGACGGGAGCUGCACCGUCCGGCCGGCCGAAGCGGACGCCCGGCCAAGCGAGGGGCAAGGCGCCCGCCGACGCGAGAGUCCGGGUCGGAGUCCGGACCCGCCCCGACGACCGCCGCCGACCACGGACCAGCACUGGGAGCGACCCGCCGACCGACCGCCGCGAGGACCGAGACGGACGACACGCCGGGUUCCGGAGGAGAGGGUCCGUCGGCACCGGGAAGCCCGCCCCGAUCUACCGGGGACCAGAGUCGAACUCGAGGGAUCACAGCAUUCGGACAGUUCGAAGGGCAGCCUUGUGCCGGAUCACUAGGGGAGAAAGAGGCCUGCUCCGCGCAGGAGGCGUGUGUCAAUCCACCAGCCCCAAACUGCAGCAUCUCGGAGUUCCAGUGCGAGUCGGGCACGUGUAUAAAGAAGAAUCUAGAAUGCAACUACGAUAUCGACUGUGAGGACCAAUCGGACGAGGACUGUGAGGGCCCGCCGCGGAAGCCGUGUCGUAGCAGGGAGCUUGAUACCAACCGCCACGGCAGAAGUGCGGGAUACGGGAUCAACAUCCUGGGCUCUUCCCCGGCACAAAACCCCUUCUACAACGAGUACUUCCACGGGUUCUGCACUCAGAUGUGGGACCCCACACAGCAGGCGCAGAUUAGACUUCCGUGGAACGUUGCAGUGCUCAACUAUGAGACAAAUGUCGAGGAAACAGUUACUAAUGAAGUCUACUCGAACAGCGACAGCCUCGUUAACGAAGUUCUGAAAGAAAACAGUCACAACAUUGACGGGGGACUGAGCUUCAAGUUCGGGUCAGUAGGCGGCGGCAUCGAGGUCGGACAUGAAACAUCGGACAUAGUGAGAGAAGUCCGUGGGACCACCACGACGAAGAGCCAGAGGUUCGUCAGGGUGAAGGGCAGGGUGCAGUUCGCCAGCUUUCGGAUGCGUCCGCGGAGCCUGCGCGUGGCCGACGAGUUCCUCAACGAAGUUCGGUUCCUGCCCCUCCAGUACGAGAAGAAAGCCUACUUUGACUUCAUGGAGAUAUACGGAACGCACUACACGCGCUACGGCAAGUUCGGAGGGGAGUACCAGCUGGUGUACGUGCUCAACAAUGAGGUCAUCACCAAGAAGUACGUGAAUGAAGAGACACUGAAAAAAUGUCUGACAGUUGGUGCAAACCUAGACGCGGCCGGCAUAGUCUCGGCCAAUAUCAAAAAUAAGGAUUGUGAUUCAGUUACGACCAAAAAAGAAGGGGACAAUACGCAGGAGGCCAUGGUGGAUAAGGCGCACGUAUUUGUGAAAGGAGGCGACAUAGCAGCCGCCGCCGCCAUGAGGACAACCGUCCAGAAGGAAGGGACGAUGGACGCCGACGUGUACAGACAGUGGGCUCAGUCGAUCAUAAACAACCCCGCCCUGAUCCACAGUGAGCCGGAGCCGAUCUACACCGUGAUCCCGCUGGACAUGCCUGACGCCAGCACCCGGGUGGCCCACCUGAAGCGCGCCAUCGCGGACUACGUGGCCGAGUACAACAUGUGCAAGUGCCAGCCGUGCCAGAACGGGGGCACGGUGGCGCUCGUCGACGGCCUUUGCCUGUGUCUCUGCCCGCACAUGUUCGACGGCCUGGCCUGCCAGAACUUCAAACCCGAGGGAGCGCACAUUAACUUGCCGCGGCCCAGGGUGGCCCAGCUGGGGAACUGGGGCUGCUGGAGCUCCUGGUCGGCAUGCCUGCACGACCGCCACCGCCUCCGCUCCCGCACCUGUACCGAGGGCCUGCACGGGGCCGGCUGUAGCGGGUCCGCCCAGGGCCGGGAGGAGUGCUGAGGCGCCAAGCACACACUCACACACAAACACAUGCACACUUAGAAACACACAUGAACACUCACAUAAACACAUGAACACACACACACACACACACACACACACACACACACACACACACACACCAUGAUAUAGGCGCCUUCUUCAUGAUUUCUGAAACAACAAAAAUGGCUUUUGUAUCGCAAAAAUAAAGUUGUUGUUUUU